GGUUAAGAAUAAAGGAAGUAAAAGAAAUUUAUGAAGGAGAAGUGACUGAAAUAUCUCCAGUUGAAAGUGAAAAUCCUUUGGGUGGGUAUGGUAAAACUGUUACACAUGUCGUCAUAGGACUAAAAACUACAAAAGGAUCAAAAAAGUUGAAACUUGAUCCUUCAAUUUAUGAAAGCAUUCAAAAGGAGAAAGUAUGUACUGGUGACGUAAUUUACAUUGAAGCUAACAGUGGAGCUGUCAAGAGACAAGGAAGGUGUGAUGCUUAUGCAACAGAAUUUGAUCUGGAGGCGGAAGAGUAUGUUCCUUUACCUAAAGGAGAUGUUCAUAAGAAGAAAGAAGUUGUUCAAGAUGUUACUCUUCAUGAUUUAGAUGUUGCAAAUGCAAAACCACAGGGUGGCCAGGACAUAUUGUCUAUUAUGAAUAUGCUUAUAAAGCCCAAAAAAACUGAAAUAACUGAUAAGCUUCGCAAAGAAAUAAAUAAAGUUGUAAAUAAAUAUAUCGAUCAAGGAGUAGCAGAGCUAGUUCCUGGAGUAUUAUUCAUUGAUGAAGUUCAUAUGUUGGAUAUAGAAUGUUUUACGUAUUUACAUAGAGCACUUGAAUCUACCAUUUCACCAAUAGUUGUCUUUGCAACAAACCGUGGGAUAUGUCCUAUUAAAGGUGCAGAAGAUGUGUUAUCUGCUCAUGGCAUCCCACGUGAUCUUCUCGAUCGUCUUAUGAUAAUUCGCACUGAGCCCUAUUCUUGUGCUGAAAUGUUUCAGAUCUUGAAAAUUCGAGCAAAUAUCGAAGGCGUAUCAAUUGAUGAAGAAUCUCUUCUAACUUUAGCAGAAAUAGGACAAAAAACAACUCUUCGAUAUGCUGUAUUGUUGCUGAGUCCCGCUAACUUAUCCGCUAAAGUGAAUGGACGUACAAGUAUUACAAAGCAAGAUGUGGAAGAAGUAAGAAAAUUAUUUCAUGAUGCGAAAACUUCAGCUGCACUUUUGAAAGAACAUAAUGAUAAAUAUCUGAAAUAAAGCUUUUGUCUCUUUCUACACUUUUUCCCAUCAAACUGUUAUUUUUUCAUAAGUUUUAUAUGCAUUAGCCAUAUGUUCAUUCAAUGCUGAAAAAAUGUUUGUAUUUUAUAUUAAAGUGUAUUAU